UGUGCUGUCCCGGAGUACCAACGCGACGCCACAAGUGUUACAUCACGAAUCGAGAUAAAUGCAAUCCUGCAUCCGUGUUGUGCCGCGACAGGGAAUUUUAUGUGGUUCCGUGUUGAGUUCACGGCGCCGGCUAACUGAGCACGACUGCUGCUAGUAGCUCCAAAAAAAACCCAUUGCAAUUUUGCAUUUUCCGUAGAAAAUCUCAACCCGAAGCCCAGGCACAUGCACGUUCAACAGGCGCACGCAUGACACGCGCGCAUAACAGACCAACACCGGCGCGACGAGACCUCGUUCAGCGAUGGAGGACGCGUACGGGCGCACGAGCGCGGCCGUGGCGUCCUGCUGGGGCCGGUUCGGCCCGGCGGUGCUGUGGCGGAGGCUCAGGCGGAUGAGCUGGCCGCGCCGGCGCUACCGGACGCAUGUCCUCGGCGCCGGCGGGCUCAACUACGACCCGCUCAGCUACGCCCAGAACUUCGACGACGGGAGAGUCUGCGAGCGCGAGCCCGACUUCCUGGCCAGGUACGCGGCCGCGCGGCGCGCCGGCUCGCAGGGGACUGUGACAUCGUCGGUGAAUUCUUGAUCCGUCUCCGUCCGUGCUUCCUCCAGCCGUGUCUGAUGCGCACGGCAUAGUAGAGCUGGAUGAGCUGUAGCCUGUAGGAGAGUUUAGAGUUAGCUUUUGCUCAACCUUUUUUUACUGUGUAUAUCAUGGCGGAUGAUUGAGUAGGCAAAUGCGCAUCCUGUCGGAACAAAAUGGAAGCGGUAGGGAGGCCACUUGCCGGUUAAUUAGUUUAGCAUGUGCUGUACAAAUGUUUUGUGUGCUUGUUCAUGGCAAGUUGUAUCGACUAUGAAAGACUAUUUUCUCCUAAUGUGGUUUCAGUGUGCAUUUCGGAGACUGUGUUCACAAUUCAGAAAUAGUAUCUCCCGUCA